AUGAAGACCAUUUCUGUCAUUUACUGUCUUCUUUAUGCUGCACGGAUAGAGGGAGCAGAAAUCUAUGCAGAAGGAGUCGAGGGGGGAGAAGUCUCGUUCCGGUGUUCACACAGACUUGCAUGGAAAAACAAUAAAUACCUCUGCAGGGAUACAUGUGGCUCUGAAGAUAAGAUAGUUACUGUACAAUCUGGCAGAAGAGUGGAGUCGGGGAGGAUAACUCUGGUGGACUCAGGGGACGGAGUCUUCACUGUGACCUUCAGUCAACUCCGGCUGUCAGACUCGGGGAUAUACUGGUGUGCAGUGGACCGGCCCGGUUUGGAUACUUUCACUGAAGUACAGCUUACUGUGGAGAAAGCCCACUAUACAGCUGUUGCAAAUCUGACAACAACUGUCAUACCUGAACUUGAACCUGAUCUUUCUUCCACAUGGACAUUUGAGAACUUUUCAAACUCAACCCAGCCAACAUCUGGAAUGGACACCAGUAGGCAUGUGAACCUUUCAAUAGAAAGUAAUAUUCCAUCCAACCUUACAGCCUCAAACAGCACUAAUGGAGGAGAACAGAACAACAGCACAGGCCCUGUGCUGUACGCUACGUUCGGGGCUGCUGCUGCUGUGCUCACUGUCUUGCUGCUGGCAGUGAUCAUCAGGAAACGCAGAGAAAACUCGAAACCUCAACAACAAGUUUGCUCCAACAGCACAGAGCUCGUCAGUGCAGAUGAAAGAGAGUCCGACUGCGACUACGAUGACAUUGGCGAGGAAGUGCAGUCGAUAAAACAACAACCCGGGAGGCUCUCCCGUUCUCACCACCCAAAGCAGGAUCCACCAACAGCUGCAUCCACAGCAGCCGAAUGCAGCGUUCCCUUUCAUAUCUAUGAAAACAUCUCCAGCGGCACAACACAUUCAGGACACUCUGCUGCAAACGCCCAACACGAGCAAAACAUCAUGUCUGGGAUCUACAUCAAACCUUUGCCACCUUUAAGAGCUGGCGAUGGCUGUGAUAGCACAAAUAAACCCACAGAAGAAGAGAGGCCCAGAUCCCGUUGGUUUGGUUUGGAUUUAUCAGGAACAGUCGGUGAACAUUUCUCGUUGUUUGAGUCGACUACACAGGGAAGCCAGAGGUACACCCAGUUUCACUGCGGCAUCUCGUCGGCUUGUUUUUCUCUGAUCAGUGUCAACACCACAGCUGUUACUGGGAUAGAAGGCCAGAGAUUUGAUUUCAGAUGUGAAUACAGAAACAACUUGAAGAGCUAUCCUAAGUACCUCUGGUAUGAAGAUACACCCUACAAACUCCUGAUCUGGACAGAAAAACAUGACCAGUGGGAGAAAAAUGGACGUUUCUCUCUGUACGACAACACGACCGGAGCCUUUUUUAUUGUCAGGGUGGAGAAACUCACCUCAGCGGACAGCGGGAUGUACCGGUGUAUGGUGCACAUAAGCAUGAGCCCUGAUGAAAGCAGCUUCAUACAGCUGAACGUUACCCAAGCUCUACCACAACCGCCACAACCUGACCUCUGCUCCCACCUCACAUCAAAGCAUCGGGAGUCCACGGUCACUCUGGGCCUGGGAGAAUAUGUUGAUGUGGAUGUACCGAAGCACACCUGCCCGUAUGAACAUCUGGAUAUCAGCCAGUUAGAGGAGCAUGUUUAUCACAACCUUAAUGGAAGCAAGGAUCCUAAAGAUCAACCUCUGGAAGUCAAACAGCAGAUUAAAAAAGCCAAAGAAAAGUUACAGAGACGUACGAAUCGCAUGAAGAUGAUUUUCCUCCUUUUGGUCCUUCUUCUGGAAGGUUUAUGGGAGACUGAAGCUGUGUCAGUAACAGGAGUGUCGGGAAAGGAGGUGACGAUAAAAUGCUCUCACUCCUACGCAUUUACCAACGUCAAAUAUUUCUGCAAGGGAGACUGUAAAGAUAAAGACAUCUUAAUAAGGACCAGAAAAAAUGGGAGAUACAGCAUUAAAGAUGAAGGAAACACAUUCUACGUGACCAUUUCUCACCUGACAAUCGAUGACUCAGGAACUUACUGGUGUGGAAUAGAAAGAGUUGGUGUGGACACGUACAAUGAAGUCAUCCUCACAGUCAUAGAAAAGGAACCCGACAGUGAAAUUCCAUCAUAUUCAAAUGGUUUAUCCACUAAAAAGGUGGUGUACAUCGUAGCAGGUCUCGGGGUGGUCCUGCUGGCUCUGGCGAUGGUCCUUCUAAUAUACUUCAGAUAUCAAAAGAGGCACAUCAACUCAUCUUCUGGAAAGGACCACAAGACGGUCUACGCAACACCACCAAGGCAGAAACAAGAUGGACGGCACGUCACUACUUCCUCUUCAACAGCCAGUGAGGACCAAGAAACAGCCAGCAGGACUAAAAACAACUUCAGCUUGUCAGAAGUUCAGCACAGAGACACCAGCAGAGAUCACUCAGACAACAUUUACUCUAACGUCACCGCUUCAUCAGAGUCUCACAUCCAACCAGACGGUCUCUUCUACUCCACUGUUAGCUUCAACAAACACACAGACAGCAGCACCGUUGCAGCCUGCACUGCACCGCUCACAUACUCCAUUAUUAAACCCAAAGAAACAGGUGAAUCAAUAGUCUAUGACAGCAUCCGAACUCAGUUUUGAUCAUACUUACUGUCCUCUGAGUUACACACGUUUCUGUAAAUCUAAAUUAAUUAAGAGUUUAUUGUGAAUUCAUUAUUUAAAUCAUUCUGAAUUAAUUUACAUUCAUGCUUGACCGAUAUUAUAGGAAAUAUGUAGAUAACUCCUCUAAAUGUAAGGUAUAAAAAUCAUGUUCUGUAGAUUUCAGAUUAUUACCUAAUAAAA